AUGUCGACACCCCCUCGAGAAACUAUUCAAAAACAAAUACAACAGGAUUGGGCUAACAGAGAAUAUAUUGAAGUAAUCACGGGAAGUAUUAAAAAAAUUACUGAUUUCCUGAAUUCUUUUGAUAUGUCUUGUCGGUCCCGUCUUGCCACUUUGAAUGAAAAAUUAACCUCACUGGAGAGAAAAAUAGACUACUUGGAAGCCUGUGUAACAAAAGGAGAAACAUUGACU